CGCGUCGCUUUAACUCCAAGGACGCGAGCCGAAGAUGGCCUUUCGCUCCAGCUUGGCGGAAAAACAAGAAACGUUUAACUGUUUCGUGAUGAGUGACAGAGAGAAUCCAUGUGACACCAACGCGUGUCCAACAAUCGAGCUGAGUAAAGCGGUGUCGGUGUCUCUGGGUCUGGAUUCGCUGUCGUCUCCGCUCCACAGCCAGUGCCCCAGCAGCGCUUUUGCAGACCCCGCCGACAGCGGAAAUCAUGGUUUCCGAGGAGUGUCAGAGUUGGGAACGCCUGGAAAUGUGAACUCGGAAGGAAAUGGACUUGUCCUAGCCCGCAGCAGCCCGGCACGGGACAACUUUAGAGAAGUGUGCGCUAACAUUCGGCAGGUGAGCUGCGUGGAUCUGUUCAGAUCGGGGGAAAUGGACUGCGCGCAGUCUGUUACGCGCGGAUCGGUCAUAUCCAGAUUCAUCUGCAAGGAUCCCAGCAUGUUCGUGAACCCGGCAGCAGAGCUCUCCGCGACUUCCCAGGUCAAUGAGGUCGCGCCUUUAAAACCAUAUUCUGCUUAUCCCGCUAAUCCAGACCUGUACAGGGAGAACCAGGGCGGAUGGUCAUCAUGGUGCGCAAACGAGCGCAUUUACAGCGAGCGACCCGAGCCCCACAGAGGCGGGUCUGACGGACAUCAUUUCUCCUGCAAAUAUUGCAGCUGUGGGCCAACUCCAUUCGGGUCCAGACAGGAAUGCAACUGUGUGUGGUACAGUAGAGGUGCGCAAAGCGGAAAAGGUGGCUCACAAGCAGCGAUGGCACAGGGUUACGGCCAAGUGGAAAGUUACCCAGACGCGACUCCCCAAGGGCAAAACACUUUUUCCACCAUCAAGACCGAACCUUCAGUUUGGGUGGACUGCGGCGACCGAACUUUCAGGCAUGAGGAUUUGUUUCCAGGAGUCUACCUGUCCGACCGCAGAGUGUGCCAGGUGUGUGGUGACGAUGCUUCAGGCUGUCACUAUGGAGCAGUCACCUGCGGCAGCUGCAAAGUGUUCUUUAAAAGGGCCGCUGCAGGUAAGCAGAACCACCUGUGUGCCAGCCGGAACGACUGCACCAUCGACAAGCUGAGGAGGAAGAACUGCGCCUCGUGCCGUUUGAAGAGGUGCUUCAUGUCGGGGAUGAGCCUGAAAGGCCGGAGGCUGAAGGGAGCUGGACAGACGAGGAACGGAGAGGAGGAGCAGCAGCCCACUGCCUGGGGGCCUGGGGAAAGGGAAGAGCGAAAGAAAGAUGUUAUCCCGGAGCCUGGAAACAUGGCUUCCACGGCUCAAGGGCCUCAAGGCUUGCCACCAGGGAUCCCCCCGACUCUGCGCUCCUGCUUAUCCCUCCUGAGCAUCCUGCAGUCUAUUGAACCCACUCUGGUUAAUGCGGGACAUGACCCCGCCCAGCCAGACAGCCCCUCGUCCUUGCUAACCAGCCUCAACGAGCUCGGAGAGAGGCAGCUGGUAACCGUGGUGCGCUGGGCCAAGGCAAUUCCAGGUUUCCGUGAUCUCCACGUGGAUGAUCAGAUGUCAGUGAUUCAGCUGUCGUGGAUGGGGGUGAUGGUGUUGGCGUUAGGGUGGAGAUCCUACACUCUCACCAACUGCUCCAUGCUCUACUUUGCUCCAGAUCUGGUUUUUAACGACCAGCGGAUGCAAAUCUCCAGUAUGUACGAACACUGCGUGAGGAUGAAGCUCCUCGCCCAACGCUUCCACCGGCUGGAGGUGACCGAGGAGGAGUUCCUCUGCAUGAAGGCCCUCGUCCUCUUCAGCAUCUUGCCAGUAGAGGGCCUGAAGAGCCAGCGCUGUUUUGAUGAACUGCGGACCUCCUACAUCAAGGAGCUGGAUCGGCUGGCCAGCCACCGCGGGGAGACCACCCGUACACAGAGGCUGUUUCAGCUCACGGAGCUGCUGGACUACCUCCAGUCGGUUGUGAGGAAAUUGCACCAGUUCACCUAUGAUCUCUUCAUCCAAGCUCAGUCCCUGCAGACGCGUGUCAACUUCCCCGAGAUGAUCUCGGAGAUUGUCAGUGUUCAUGUGCCCAAAAUCCUCUCAGGCAUGGUCAAGCCCAUCCUUUUCCACAACACAGCCUAGACAGAGAGAGCGUCUCGCUGACUGUACCCGCGUCCCACAACUGCAGGCGCAUAUCUGCAGCUGUCAGGCUGAAAUGGCAAAAAUAGGCUUUAUGGAGAUGAAAUGAGUCGGAUUUAGGCGGUGAGUGGACACUCACAGUAGACGAGGACUGCACAUUCUUCCAGCGUAAUGUAGAUCCAUCCACCCUGCUCUUCUAGCUGCCUGCUUUCUGUGUCACAAACUUCAGAUGUUCUUAAUCAAAACUCUUGCAUGCCUUUGUCCACACCAGUUAAUAAAACCUGCCGUUGUACUGAUUGUCAACAUGUAGUUGGGGGGGGGGGGACUUUUUGUAGAUUUCACAUCCUAAAGCUUCUCUGUGUACACCAGCAUGGCGUUUGAUCUAGCUUUUUUUCCACAAUAAAUGUCGUUGUGUGCACCUAAGGUGAAAAAAAAGGCUAAUUGACAGUGAAUAAGCAGUAGUCGCAUGCAUGCUGAAAAAUAAAGUAAUCUUGCCUGUAGGCGAAACAAAAAAAACCUUCUUAAAGAUGUCAUAAGUAGUUUUAUGUGCUAAAAUAAACGCCUCUAAAGUGCAAGUACCUUCAGUCGAGCUUAUUUUGAAUGUAUAUUUAUGAAUCUUUAAGAGUUGGAGUAUGAAAAGCACGCUCCACUGACCUGUUCUUCAGCUGAUUUAAAAAAAAAAAAAAAAGAAGAAAAAAAACGUAACUUUGAAAACAUUUUUUUCGAGUGCCAAACUUUCUUCAAGCACAAUGUUUUUCCCAAGUGAAUAUUUCCUACUCUUGUGUAACUUUUCUACUGUUUCUUAUGGAUGUUCUCUGCCAAUGCUGCUUUUUUGUGUAUCAUCUUGUAUUCAUUGUAGCUUAUUGCACUUUUGCAAAAAAAAAAAAGAAAGAAAAUAACAAACAAUUGAGCAGAACAGAUUUUUCGUUCAUUUAAAGCUGAAAAUGUAAUAAAAUGAAGUUAAACUACAAAG